AGACGGUAGGAUGCAGAAUGUGCUGAAGUUGAUAGAAAUCCCGACUGUGCCGAAGAGCACGUGUGAAGAAAAGCUCCGCGAUACGCGAUUGGGACCAAGAUUCAAACUACAUCCUAGCUUCAUUUGUGCUGGUGGUAAUGGAAUUGAUGCCUGCAAAGGAGACGGAGGUAGUCCACUAGUGUGCCCAUCGCUCCACACCGGAAGCGACGUUCAGUCCAUCCGGUAUGUGUUGACUGGGCUCGUAGCUUGGGGCAUUGGUUGUGCUGGGAUCCCCCCAGGCGUUUACGUGAACGUGCCGUACUUCAUGCCUUGGCUUGAGCCUUUCUUGAAGGAAUACGACCCCGGAUACGAUUAUUUCGGUCAUUCAUGAGAAUAAUUGACUUGUUUACACAGUGCACUGCGUAUUCUCACAUUUUGGACUGAUUAAAACGCCAAGAAAAUGAAUCGAUCUCGUAGGUGAGCGUUUUCAUAAUUUUAUUUCCUCUCAAACUAUCGCUGC